CGAGUCUGCAGCGGGGAGGCUAUCGUGAGUCCCUCGUGAGGUCAGCUGUGUUUAUCCUUCUGUUAGACGGUGAUGAAAUUUGAGAUACAUACCAUUACCAGACAGGUGCGGUUCUAGGGGGCCCACCUGGCGGAAAAAAGAGGAUGCGUUUAUUUUGUGUCAAGACCGCCAUGUGAAGACCGUUUCCAACACAUUAAACAAAACCCAUCGCUAGGAGGACGGGACGAGGUCGAGGCCCAUCGAUGCGGCUGCUUCUUCUUUCCGCACACCUGUCUGCGGUACGCCUGGCUUUUGGAGAUGUCAGCGCCAGCGUCCCGGGCCACUACAAGGUGGGCGGCACUCUGCCGACCUGCAGCGCCACGACCGAGUUCGUUAACUCCCGGAGUCGCGUCUGCGAAGCCUGUCCGAGCGGCCAGAUGCCCAAUGCGGACGGAACCGCUUGCGUUUGCGCACCCCUGAGCGCGAGUGGUUUCAAGCUGCUUUUUUUUCGAGGAAUAGACGCUUGAUAAUUUUAGGAGGCAUAAUGACUGGUCGUGUAAAAAGCAGCAUCGGUUGAACAUGACCGACAAGGGUAUCUACUUUUGAAUGUCUACUUGGUUUCUUGUUUCCUCGGAAGUAGCUAAAAGGGCAAUCUAUCAUUCACCACAACAGGCAAUCCGCAGAUGUCGUGUUAUCCGGGGCAAGACUGUAUCAAGCACCCCGGCGCGACCGCGGUCACGACCACCUCGGGCAUCCAGUGCAUCGAAUGCGGCUGCUUCGAUCGCAGCAACAGCACCGCCAGUGCGUACCCCGACCAAGUAUCGGGACAGAGUUGCACGGGUAAGUACUUAUAUUCAUAUCAUGUUAGUGUCGUUGUAGUCGUACUCGUACGAUUCUGUCAGAUUAGGGUGUACCUGCUCCGAAGGUUAUGAUCUCAACCUGAGUUGUCAGAGCGUGACCGAGUCGUGUGUAGUAAGUUCUUGUCCUCAACACGUCACGAACUACUGCGUUCUUUUCGAAACAGCAGCAAUUUCACACCAGCCCGCGGCUUUGAGCAGAUGGUUGCCACGGCGGACCAGUCCCGGUGCUUGCCUUGUCCCAGUGCAGCCGCGACCCUGGUAUCCGUGUCUACCUCACCGGCGCGCAAAGACUGUAACUGUGGCACGAACCAGGCAAUUCUGGAAAAAAGCGCCACCGGAGCCUACUUAACAGAGAAAGUUUGCCAGGUAUAAUUCUAGAACUGUACGUACCUACGCUCAAGGUCAUCUCUGAAGUUUUCUUUGGUGUGCAGUCAUGUACUAAGAAUAAGGGCUGCAAAUAGAGUUAACACUACCACUUCCACAAGUUACGAAGCCGGAUCAUUCAAAAUUACGUCGCACAUUAUUAGGCGUGCGACUCCAGUUUGACCGUGGCCGCCGGCCAAGCGACUUGCGCCGCUUCCACCGCCUGUCCUUCUUCCACCACCACCUCGGGGCUCUGCUACACCCCCGCCUCCGACUGGACCGGGAAGGCCAACACGGCUGGCACCGCGCUGUCCUCCUUCGGGGUGCAGAGCGCGAAGCGUACCUUGUGUAACAACGUCCCCAUCCGAGAGUUGUCAUGCAGAUUUACAAUGACAGGAACAUUUGUAAUGCGCCUUCGCAUGAUGAGAAGCAUUUCUAGUCGUGUUUCGGUACUUGUGAUGCUGUAAACAGGAUGAGCGCGCGUCUUUGUGAUGCGGCUGCCCUUGCUAACCAGCACUACAAUGCAGAGAGACCAAACUUGUCAUGCGCGACGUCGAAAACUUGUGGAGUUGUGUUGCAGAAUCACGAUCUUGUUGAUGACUCUGGGGUUGGGAGGUUUUUACGCAGGAUAAAGCGCGUGAAGUUUUCCGCGGUGAUUGCCAGUCCCGCCAAACCGGAGUGGUGGAUGACAGACGCAGUGGGCUUAUGGUGAGGAAAAACGUCCCCACUCCAUAGUCAAGUUGGUAAAUCUGCAACACAAAUCGAUCCCCAAGUUUUGGGAGUUGCGCAUGACAAGUUUCCAUCUGCAGUAUAGUUGUGGUUAGCAAGGGAAGCCGCAUGACAAAGCUACUUUCCUAUCCUGUUUACAGCAUGACAAAUCAAUGCCAAAACACGGUAGGAAAUGUCUCUCAUGGAGAUUGCGCAUUACAAAUCGAUUCCUCUCAUUGCGCAUUUGCAUGAGAACUAUUGGUCGGGGAAGUUUUUACUCAGGACAGGGUUCUCUUCUCGGCUUCCAGAAGACCGACUCCAAAGCGCAGGAGAUCCUCACCUCCGGGCUGGCCUCGGAGGCCACGGUCGACUCCGCAACCUUGGACUACCUGUACCAGGGGUGCGCCAUUCAGUGUGCCCGGAAGGUGAACGAGGGCUGCGAGUGUUUGAGCAACCUCUGCGCGUUGCAGAUGUACCACCAAUAUGGAUUGCAAAUAUGUCUGGGUCUGGGAGAUCGCGAGAUUUGUCAUGCUAGUCUGGCAUGACUCUGAUCUCUGUAUUGCAUGGCCGCGAAGACCUCCUCCUCCCUGUCAUGCAAAAACGCAGUUUCUCAAGCGGAAUACGCAACUCAGAACCAGGAAAAAAACUUGUCAUGCUUGGCAGCGCAUUAUAGUGAGCUCACUAUUCCCUUCAUUGUAUCACAAGUUUCCAGACCCAGACAUUUUUGCAGUUGAUAACCAAGACGCGACGGUGUGCCAGCUGUUGGAAACCUGGUUCUACACCGAUGCGACGAACUACCCCGCCAGCGACUCGUCGCCCGGCAUGUAUGGAACUCUGCCCUGGAUCAUGUUCCCAGCGGGAGGUUACACCAAAACUGGCCUCACGCUCCCGGAAAGGUGUUGUUCUGGAACUGAGUACAUAUCUAUGCAGUACCAAAGAACGAUGUGCAUGAACAAGUAUUCUACAGCAUCAAUGCUUUCCCUUUCCGUCUUUUGUUGAAUACGUCAGGCCCAAGAACUCCGCACGAUUUUUCGCAACGACAAAUUGUAAAGAUGAAGCUGUGUUCUACUAACGUUGUCGCAUCAAAAAUACAACAGCUCCCCCUCCUUCGUCGUUGCAAAGUAUUCCUUUGAAGGGCGGUAUCUCGGUGAAGAGACGGUAACAAAUCACCUGCAACUUUGCGACCGAUUUGGCGGAUCCGCGCCGGGAUUUGAGGAUGAUGCAAAGGUAGGUUGGUUCUUUCGCACCAGUGCCAGCGCAAGUGUAUUAGAUUCGAGAACACUCCUCCUUGACCACUUUCGAGAACUCUUGACGGCGCUUCAUCUGUGUUCUUUCGAGAUAAAAUUCAAUUGCCGCGAUGAAUAUACUUAAUCACAAGUCCGAAAGAAGAACGCAACAACUCUUAACAUCCACUUCAGGAGUACCUUUGGACGAAGAAGAACACAGUCGUCCAAGAGUGCCGUAUUCCCGCCAGCACGUUUCUGAACCACGGCUUGUGCCAAGACCCAGUGCUCUACGACCUCUUCGCGGUCACCUCCAGUGGCGCCAAGACGCCGGUCCCGGUGCGCAUGCUGAACACGGUCAGGGGGUCGACCAAGCCGAACGUGAACUUUGCCGAGGACCAGUUUUACGUCGACGGCUACAGUGGCUUCCUCGCCAAGCGGUUUUUUCUGUGCGACUCCGCCCUCGGGCGGACCAGCGACUUUUUGGGGAUGAGCGACCCGGCGUAUGUCCGGUACGCGGCCCAGGUUAUCCUAUGUAAAAACGUCCCCACCCCAUAGUCAAGAUAUUGCGAAAUCUGCUAGACAAAUCACUCAGCAAGCUUUGGGUGUAGCGCAUGACAGAUUUGGCCUCGUAGUGUAAUCCUGUUUAGCUAGCUGAGCAGCGUCACAGAUCUAGGACAUCAUGCUGGCUGGAGAGUGACAAACUUCGAAACACGACUAGAAAAUGCCUCUCAUGGUGCUCCGCAUGAGAAAUAUUUUCAGCAUGCGCAUUUGCAUUACAACACUGGGGUGGGGACGCUUUUACUCAGGAUACAGCUGUUUUUGCAGUUACGGGUGGACAGUGGGAGUCUGCAGGUGCCGGUCUUGAACAUCGUCUACCUGGAAAGCACAGUGGCCGGGGGAAAGGACGCGUCGCUACCCUGCAUCUUCAAGGCUGAGUAUCAAAUCUAUCAAUUAUGCUGAGCGUGGUAUCUGCGUUACCUUCUUGUUGUUGUUCAUGAGAACGUCGUUGCGAACUUUUCGCUAUUGUUUCUGUUUGUGUAGAAUAUUAACUCUACGUGUGCAGGAGCAGGUGCUGAUAUUUAGGAUCUUUGUACGAACGAAAGCUGACAAAGCGACAUUGUUCCCUAUAAAUGAAUUGAAGGUUCUCCGAGGAUACCGCCGGAUUCUGGAGCGCCGUCACGGUGUUUCUGAUCCUCACGCUGAUCCUCCUCCUUGGGCUGAUCUACCUCCGUUACCGCUCCAUUGAAUUGCGCUACCCGUGGGAAUCCGGUUUCGCGGCGGAUCCGGGCCUGUUCAUGGGAAAGAGCCUGCUGAUGCUGUUGACGGUGGUGAAGAUCUCGUUUGGCGUUUUGUUCUGGUUCCACUUUUUCAUGGUGCUCUACUGGGUGGUGUCCGACGCCUACCUCUUACCCGGUUCGCUGGAUGGCGACCAGUACAAUCACCACGACGUCAUGAUGACGGUCUUGCUCGUGAUGGCCUCCUAUGCGUAAGAAAAAAAUUUUUCUCGUACUUCUACAAGUAAUUGUUCCAUGGCAUGACAAAUUUUUGCAGAAGCGAAAACGGCACAAGUGUUUUGUUGUCGUCGUGUGAGAGCAAGUACUUGCAAAGCACGUCCGGUACUGUAGUUUUUCCUCCAUGGUAUAAUUGCAACAAUUAUUAGUUACGUGUAGUACGAUAAAAAUACGAUGCUUUCGUCUUCCAUACCACCGUCGUGAUCCUCCUCUUCCUGUACAAGCAGGCUUCCUGUUUCAUUUUCCUCAUAGAUCGCGAGCCGAAGCCGCUGCAGGACGGCGCCUCCGGCGGGGCUAACAAAGACCAGAACGGAAACAAGGCACAGCAGAACAACCCAGCCGGGGGCGCAGAUUUCGAUCGCGAGCACGCGCCGGACAAGGGGAUCUCGAUCUGGCGGUCGCUGUUUGUCGGUACAAAACACAGUUCUUGUUGUCCAUAUCGGCGGCCUUGAUGGACCUUGUUUUCUGUUUUUCCUACUUCGGAGCCUGGUGAUCAAUGUGUUUAUUUUCUCAUGACCUGCCGUGCACCAUCGGGAUCGGAGAAACGGAACAAACAGCUAUUUUACGGGUUUGUUAUACAGAAAAUCCACCUAUAGCUCGACUUCCCAAAUAUACUACACUUCCAGGGAACGAACUUUCGGAGCGGAUCGCCGCUACUAGAACGUCGGGAUACGCUAUGGAGGGAAAAGAGUUUGUCACAGUGACAGUCACUAAGCUGCAUAGUCGCGUGACAAAUGUUUCUAGCGUCACAGCUUUGUUGUAUUGCAGAAACACUAGGGAAAUCCCGUAUGAAGUUUCACUGUCAUGCAUGGUUACGCAUGACAAACAUCUCAUGGUUUUCUAAACCAUUCCUUUCGAUAUUAAGAUUGCAAAAAUGCGCAUGAGAAGUUAGUAAUCGUGACGAACGUCUUUGGUUUGAUAUACGCCACCUGGAUCCUGAUGAUCCUGUUCCUCCAGGGCUUCAAUUGGGUUGACAGCUGUCGCUGGUCGGGCAGCGAGCAGAGCCCCUUUAAUCCCUUUUUGAUGUACGGAGUCACCGGCGGGACCUGGUUGCUCUCCGUCGCGAUCCAGCUUGUCGGGCGCCAUUUGAUCGCCAUGCGGGAGGGGCUAUGCAUGGCAAAUAUGUCUGGAAGGUUGGAACUUGUAAUGCUAGCCUUACAUUCCUGUGAAAUCUGUAUUGCAUCAUGACCGGCAAAAGGUGUAGCCUCUCUUGUCAUACAAAACCGCAGUUUCUGAUGCGGAGUGCGUAUGAGAAAGCGUUCCGCAAGACCUUUGUCAUGGCUCCUUGCAUGAGGAAGCGUUUUCAUCAUGCACAUUUUAGCAUCACAAAUUUCCAGAUCCAGACAUAUUUGCAUUUGAUAGGGGCUGGACCUGAUCAACUUCGUCGAUAUCUGCAGUCUGGCAAACGUGUCCGUCUUCAUCAUGGACGAACCCCAUCACGGCUACUACAUACACGGUGUCUUGAAGAUCCUUUUAUUUCCUUGCGCGACCGUGUUGUGCUUGUGGCAGCUGCUUUGAAGGAGCAAGUCGACAUUGAUUGAUGUCGUCACAGUGUUCAUGAUUUUUCAAACACUGUGGUAAUGAUAAACAUAAACGAACAUCACAGGCAAAAUAUUGAUAUUCUAUUCACUCUAAAAAUCUUCCAGGUCGUUGUCCCGGGGGUAAGGGUGACUGCUGCGCCACCGAGAUGUCCUACACGCUCGAUGAGGAGGCACGCGGGCUUCUCCCCAAGCGCGGCCUCACUCCGGACCACCCUUCGCGGGGCGAGUUGCAGACCUUCGAGGUGUUUACCCCGGGCGGGUUCAAGGAGCAGCUUUUCGGUCUGUACCGGCAGAUCCUGGCCGAGCGCGGCGUCCCCGGCAUGUUUGCGUCGCACUGGCACGGUGAGCACGACCAAUUCGGCGGCCACCACAUGGGUAUGCACUUUCCGGGCCACUUAGGCGGAGGCCAGCACCAGAUGGGCAUCGGGCAGACGCCGCGCGGAUCCCAGAUGCUCGGGCAGCAGCAGCUGGGGGGUAUGGACCCGAUGAGCAGCGGCCGACAGUCCCAGCUGAUGAACAGCAUGGGCGGCCAGCCGCAGCAGCAAUUUGGCGGCUCCAGCGGCAGCAACAACUCUACUUUCGGGCAGCAGCAGCAGCAAAAUGCGUUCGGGCAGCAGCAGCAGCAGUCAUUCGGUGCACAACCAGGCUCCGCUUUCGGGCAACAGCAGCAGCAACCGCAAGCGUUUGGCCAGCAGUCGUCGUUCGGGCAGCAGCCGCAGGCGUUUGGAACUCCCGGAUCGGCGUUCGGCGGGGGAUUUGAAGGGGCACAUCGGGCCGAAAUACCUGCUCCGACACCAACUUGCCGGUUCGAGCAGAAAGGCGGGAGCAGUAGCUCCACGUUUUAUCGCAGCAGUAGUCGUUCUACUUUCGGGACAACUAGUACUGGAAGGAGAGCAGCGGCGCCGUGGUACCACCCCGGGAACUGGCUUCCUGGCCGGAAACGAAGCAGGUUUUUUUCUGGCGGAGUUGAUGCGAGAGGUUUUUCUGCUCCGCCAGCAACAGUGUUGACGGGGAGCAACAUAGCAGCCAACGCAAAUACAUGUGCGGCAGGAACAACGAUGUUGAACCACGAGCUCCAUGCCCAGACAGACACUGUCAUUUCUCCAGCGUACCAAGUAGACGAGCUACAGCACGGAAACUUUUCCAGUGUACGAAACCCGCACGCACGCCCAAGGAUACGAGACGAAGGCGAGAUGACUGGUGGAGUAGAAUCUCCUGUGGGUGUCGACGUCGCGGAGUUGGAUUCGUCUCCAGAACUCCUGCCGUCGCGGUCCGGCGAAGACGAGACCGGUAGUAGUUGCCAACUUGUCUGGUCACACACGGCAAAAAGCGAAAUAAUCGAGUUGGAGCGAAUAUUGCACCAAGCCGAUCUACAACACGAUGAACCGGCUGCAAAUAACGAAGAUACACAUGAAGAGGGCCAGUACGACAGAAGAUCAUCCCACGUCGAAAAGAAGCGCAAAAUAUCAGACGAGAAAGUAGCGAUAGUAGAAGCUUCUGCAAACGGCGUAGAGCCACGAACUGCAGCAGGUGAACUCAUCGACUACGAGCUGCCGCAGCCCGAGGAUCUCCACGUGGUAGGAAGUACUAAAACCGAUGAGGAUCAUCUUCAUCAUGACCAACAUCUCCAAGUAGAGGGCGCCCAUUCGAUGAUGAUGGACAAUAACAAUCGGAACUCCGGCAUGAAUCAGUUCCAAGGCUCGCUGAACCUCGGCAACCUGAACAACCAAGGCAUGAUGCCGCAAAAUUCCGGGCGGGGUUCGCAGAUGUCGGCUUUCGGCGGUCAGAACACGAUGUCCAUGUCCGGGGGGCCGCGGCCGUCCCAGGGGUCAAUGCAGAUCGGCUCGCAACAGUCCAUGCCAAAUGCGUUCGGCGGGGGAAAUCAAAUGCAGAACUCGAUGAUGCUCGGCGGAGGGAACGCUAUGCACAACCAUAUGAAAUUCAAACCGAUAGAGAAGUUCGUCACGAUCAUCACUCAUGCGCAUUUUCGCAAGACAAAAUUGUCUGUCAUGCGCAAAAAUGCAUCACAGUCAAAUUCCAGAAGGCCGCUACUUCCUUUGUGCCUACGCAAUUGACAAGAAAGAGCAAAAGCUGGGACGCAAGAAAAAUUUGUCAUGCAAAUAAACCUGCAAUCAAGUACUUUAUGUAGUGACUCUGACGAACUUUUUUCUUCGUGAUAAACCAGUUCAACCCCGGCGGAAUGGGGGCGAGCAUGUCGAUGGGCGGUGGGCUCGGUGGCGGCGCGAGCAGCAGCGUGCGGAAACUGGCCCAGCUCCGGUACCAAAUGCAGGAAAUGCUGCUGCAGUUGGUGGACGGGGUAGUGCGGGACCAGUCGAUGUGCAUCAAGGAGGAGAUGUAUCAGAGUGCCCAACUCCCCCUUCCCCUCAUUUGUCAUGCAAAAUGCCACGUCUACCCUUUGCCCUCUGGCACCGGUUGCAUGACAGGUUGCCGAAGCCGCAACAGCACUAGAAUUUGCAGUGAAUUUGUCAUGCAAAAGCUGCAUCUUUGCCAGCACUUGUGUUGCUGUGGAUGCCAUCCAAAUGAGGCGGAGGAGGAGUUGCGCUCUCGUCAUAAGAUGGGUUCGAUGUUUGGCGCGACGCCCGACGUGUCUGUGCCCACGUUCCCCCCGACGUUCUACGAAGAUCCGUCGCACUUGCGGUGGACCAACGCGAUGGCGUGUAUGCAUUGCAAAAGCAGCGUACUAAAUAGAGAUCACAUGACAAAUUUCGUCAAGAGGAAAAUUGAAACUUGUCAUGCAGAAGUAGGUAUUAGAAAGUACAUCUGUAAUGCAUGACUGCAAUCAAUAGUACGAGUACGGUACUUUUGCACGGGAUAGCUUACGGGCCGGAGCUCCUCGGCGUGCCGACCGGAUUCGAAUGGCAGGUUUUGGUAUUGGAGUACCUCAUCUUCGUAUCCAAGAAAAAAACUGUGUCAGUGUAAAUCUGUGAUGCAGAAAAUGCAAAACAGUUACACUUGUCAUGCUCGACAUGCGUGAUCGGCUCGCUUCCUAUGUGUUUUCCCUUCCUAUCUGCGCAUAGCAAGUUUUUCUUGUCAUGGCAGACAAACUUGUGAUGCUGUUUUCCCAAAAGACUUACACUAAAACAGUUUUUUCCUUAUUCUUGGAUACUUCGCCGUCUGUUUCCGCUUCAGCGAGAACCUGUGGCUGGGGAUCUUCCUGGGCUUCCUGGUCGGCCAAUUGGUUUUGUCGGUCCGGGCCUCGUAUCCUGUGCAAAAGUGUCGUACUCGUAUUGCAGUCAUGCAUUACAAAUCCUUUCGUUAAAAAGGUAAAAUCCGCAUUACAUCAUGCUGAACAAAUUUGUAAUGCAUUUAUACGAGUACGAUACUUGUGCAGCUCAUACCUCGUUGGGCGAGUCGCGCCUGGCAGACACCGCCAUGAUUGACCAUAGGUUUCUGCUCUGAUUGAAAGUGUUGAGAUCAGUCGUAGACGUAGUGGCACUUUAAGCUUGUCUAUCAUAUAUACAAGGGGCGGUUUUUUGAUUUUGUACAGUAGACGUCCUAAUUAAGAAUCGACGAACAGGCAUAUAUGUAUAUCAGACAACAAAAACAUCCGGCUCGUUUCUACAUGUAGAUGUACUUGAAUACAAUAAGUGCAAUUCAAGGUGGUAGAUGCUCACUGCGCCCGUGGUUGCGACGGCUUGACAACUACGUACAGAGCAAGCUACAGAAAUAUCUGUAGGUGUUGAAACAGUGCAAAAGGAAAUUAACGCGUUUUGAAACUAUACUUGAAAUGAACGUAAGUAUUUUCAUUGUACGUAUUGCCACUCGUGAACAAAGAAAUGUUAGGUAUGUUGUGAAAUAAGAGCACUUUAUUGCUAGCGCGUACAGCAUUUAGGGCUUCGACCCUCGGUGAGGACGGUGUACUUUUUUGAACGGACGGAUUUACUAAAGAAAAGACGGACUUUUAGCAAAGGAAAGCGAAUCGCGCGGAGGUUUUUUUUUUCGUGCAAACGAAGCACUGGAAGCAUAAAUCAUGCGGAACAUAUACGAACAAGAAAGGCUAAAGGAAAAGAUAACGAAAGCUGUGUAGUUUUGUGCUCUGGGUUCUUGCAAUUCCGUUCGCCCCCCGAUCCGGAGAAAUAAAUAGGAUGGUGAAGGAGGAGGUUCUUUAUAUGAAAGACAGUCGUGGCUCCUGUUGGUGUUGGAAUAUUCGAUCCAGAAACAUUUUUUGAAGAUGGACUCCGUACGGACGAAACCAUAAUGAUCAGCAGGACAAAAGUUCACUUUUGAAUCAGCGUGGCG